AGUGAGAGAGAGAGAAAAGGAGAGAGAGAGAAACACACUCACACAGGCUAAGGGGUGUGUCAUAGCAAUUUAGUUCCUCAAGGAAGUACAACUCAACAUUAUCUUAAGACAGUGUGGCAGUGACAGAAGUGCUGCAGGAGGACGGUGGGUUUUUGUUUUUUUUUCCGCCUGCUGGUUCUGCUUCUGCUGGAGAUGGAGGGAUCUUCUUAAACCAACCAUCCUGGGCUGUCAACCUGAGACCAAGAGCAGAGGGCAGGAGGCAUACUUGACACAGAAAAGGAGGGAGGGGGACCCAGCCAAACACACCAAAACACACACACACAAAAGCCAACCAUGGAUGCCUUCAGCUCCAAGGACAUGGCCAUGAAGGCACAGAAGAAGAUCCUCAGCACCAUGGCCAACAAAAGCUCUGUGCAAAUGUUCAUCGACGACACCACCAGCGAGAUCCUGGACGAACUGUACCGCAUCUCCAAGGAGUACAGCGGGAACAAAUCGGAGGCGCAAAAAGUCAUCAAAAACCUAAUCAAGAUCGCAGUGAAGAUCGGUGUGUUGUUCAAGAACAACCGCUUUUCCUCUGAGGAGCUGGCAGUGGCUCACGACUUCAAAAAAAAGUUGCACAUGGGUGCAAUGACUGCUAUCAGCUUCUAUGAGGUGGACUUCACCUUUGAUAAGACAGUCAUGUCGGAACUUCUGACAAGCUGCAGAGAUCUGCUGCUAAAACUGGUCAACACCCACCUGACAACCAAAUCCCACGGUCGCAUCAACCACGUCUUUAACCAUUACUCAGAUCCGGAGCUCCUGACCAAGCUGUACGACCCCAACGGCCCUUUCAGACCCAACCUAACCAGGAUCUACAAAGGACUUAACAAAAUGGUGGAGGACGGAACAAUAUGACAGAGGAAGAGCGACAGCAUGACAGUCAGACACUGGGAGAUCUACAGGCAGACUCAGCUGAGACUCUGAACUGUUGGAUAAAAAUUAAAAAGUCUUACUGCUGCUGGAGACUGGCAAAGUAGGACAGGUGAUUCAUGAACAGAACUGCUGCCCCACUGUUCUCCAAGAACGUGGGAUUUAAACAAAGACAGUUGAGUCAUUCCUUGAGUUAUUUUUAUAGUUUAUAGGUGAUAUACUGUGUACUUAUCCAGAGAAAGAAAAAGUAAAAAAAAAACUUGAAUCUAAAAGUUGAUGUUCAGCUGAAAUGUCACAGAAUGUUUAAUCUUAGAAACCUGCAAAAGUCUCAUCCCUCACUACUACUGAUGUCAUGAACCGCGAAGAUGAGGGAGGGAGAGAAGAAGGGAGGAAGAAAAACCGCUGGAGCAUUGCGUGAAGUCAGAAAACAAACAAGUGAACAGUGCAGUACAGCACUGCCACCGGGUGGUGAAGAUUGUGCACCUGCAACUGAAAUGUGCAGAGUCGUGUUUACUGAGGCGUGCGGGUUAUAAAUAACCCUGCAGCGGAUAAUUACUCCCACUAUUAAACACAACAUCACCACUCCCGAACAAUGUUGACUGCACAAGCUUGAAUGUUAAUCCAAUAAUACAUGUUGUUCUGCAAAGUGUACCAUGGCCACUAGCCAAGACUAAGACGUAUUAUUCUUAUGUUUCUAUCAUAAUGACACUGAAUUUCCACAGGCAUGGGAAAGUGGAGUCCUACGUGGACACUGCAAGUCAUUUCAUGUGACAUGAAACUAAAAAAGUGUUAAAAUACAAAAUAUUUUAUCUGUGUCUGUGACAUCAGCUUUUGGAGCAGCUGUUUUAAUGUAGCUUUUGCAACUUAAUCAGAACCACGAGGCUAAAUAUAGGAUUCAAAGUAGGGGUGUCCUGAACCUUAAGAAUGUUAUGUUUCAAAGCUAAGAAAAUCUUUGCAUUUCCUACUGCAUUUGGGAGUCAGCAAAUCUUCUGCUUCUUGUCACUGGAGAAUAAGAGCCUUCCUUGUCAUCUGAACCUUGUUGAGUUCAGAUGAAGGGCUAUAGGAAGAAGUUACAGUGCCAAAGCAUAACUUUGGACAAGAGGAGCUGCUUUCAGCUGACUAUCAGAAUGAGUGUUAGUAUCACCGCAGCUGGAAUUCUGAAGACUAGUAAUAGGUAUAAAAGUUGAGCAGGACACCCCUAUUUAAACUCUCAUUAAAAAGUUAAGAGUUAUACAACAGCCCUGUUACAAAUAAUAAAAACAUGCUUUGAAAAUGAA